AUGGCCAAAACCAAAUUGGUUAUUAUGAAGUUAACAACGACGUUAUUGCUGCUCGUAGCAGGCAGCUGCUGCCUCCUCCAGGGCUGCACUGCCGGUGUAAUUGGUAGUGCAGAGCAAGCGAUCGAUGCUCAACCACCAGAGCUGAUCGUGCCCAUCAGCGUUGGAGAUAAGGAGUAUGCUAAGCCAGAGCCAUUAAGUGAGAAUAAGCAAGAAAUUAUUGCGCCUAUUUUCGAGCGUGGCUUAUACGUUGAACCCAUCAAUGGCGGUGAAGAGGAUUACGUGAGGCCAGAACCCUACAAUGUGGGCCCUGAAGAAAUCUCCGAACAAGUACCUGAAGUGCCGCAAGCAAUUGAAGAACCACAAGUGAAUAAUGGUGAAGAGGACUACGUGAAGCCAGAACCCUACAACGAGGGCGGAGAGGAAGUCUACGCAAAUGCACCUGAAGUGCCGCAAGUUAUUGAAGGACGUGCAAGCGAAUGCAAAGUAACCAUACGCGGCGGCCUACCCAGCCCGCAGCCUGUUUACUUGAAGACAGACUCAGAGGAAUUCUAUCCCUAUGAUGCCACCGGUGUUAUGGUUGUUGAUACGGGCAAGACAUUGGAGAUGUGGUGCCCUGGCAAAUUUUCAUCAAUUUCCAAAACCCUCAUCACCGCCACCUGCGUCAGUGGCAGCAACUUCAAGGUCGAUGGCACCACUUACUCCUUCAAGGAACUGACUUGCAAUUCCUGGCCAGGUUUUGUAGCUGAAAAGUCCGGCGCCUCAUGUAAUGGUGGCGUUAUGGUGCGCGUAGGUUUCAAAAUCUCCUCCAGCCGUUUCGCCAAACAGUACGAAGUCUGCUUCGAUGAAGACGAAGAGGUGACACGUUAUGUGCAUCACGAUCUCAAUCCAGGCAGCAACUACUAUCAAACUGGCGUAGAUCGCAUCACUUUCCAAACCGCUGGCUUCUUCGAUGGCAAAAACGUUGACAAUUUAUACAAACAAACUACACAGGAGGCAACCAUUAACUCACAAUUGGGAGGUGAUGCUAGCCAAUAUUUUAACUCCAACAAGAAUAUUUAUCUAGCACGCGGUCAUAUGGCUGCCAAAGCUGACUUCGACUAUGCCAGCGAGCAGCGCGCGACUUUCUUAUUCAUCAACGNUUGA